UACAAAAAAACAUCUCGGAUAGGCUUUGAAACUGGUGAAUCCUCAGUCCACACUUUAACCCCGUAAUAAAUUCCACUUGCAUCAAAUUAUUGAAAAAAUUAUCCACCCAAAUUUCUCCAAUCAAAUGAGAAGCUCUUUUUUUCUUCCAAAAAUCUCAUGACUCCUCGUGAUCUUGUCGCUGCCACGCUAACCUGUAGGAGCAGUGGCGCACAGUAAUCUACUUCCAUAGCGUUCGUUUAUAUGCAUGCAUGUUUCGCACGUAACCAGUGACCUCGUGAUAGUACUAGCAAUAUAGAAUACAAGGUAGACCGUACUAAGAAAGAUUGGUCGAAACGUGUCCACUCAUUUAAAUUCAAGCCCGGUUGGGUACCACGAAGAGGACGUUACUGGGAUACUGUAAUAAAACAAGGAACGAAGAAACAUAAAUCAACAAAAUUAGAAAUUUAUUAUGCCGGUUGCAAAUAGUGCGGCAAGUGCAGUGAGUGGUUCCCUGCCAAAAUGGCAAUUGGCAUUGGCAGUAGGUGCACCGGUAGCUCUUGGUCUAGGAUACAUGUACUACAAAAACUCUAGCCAAGGCAAAUCAAAAGGCCCAGGUAAAGCCAAUGGCACUGCAACUGAUAAACAAAUCUCAAUAGAUGGUGACUCACCAGGAAAAAACUCCAGGGCUGAUAAACUCGAGACACCGGCUGCGAGGGCCCAGAGAUAUAAGGCACAGGGCAAUCAGGCAUUCAUCGCUAGGAAAUACGAUGAUGCCAUUUUGUACUAUAACAAAGCCAUCGAAGCAUGUCCACUAGAAAAUAAAGAUGAAUUAGCCAAAAUUUAUCAGAACAGAGCGGCUGCUUAUGAUGCACUUGAGAAGUUCACAGCGGUCAAAGAAGACUGUACAAAAGCUCUCGAAUUGAAUCCCAAAUAUACGAAAGCACUGAUAAGAAGGGCUAAGGUUUUGGAAAAAAAUAAUGAGCUUGAGUUGGCCCUCGAGGAUGUCACUGCUGCGUGUAUUCUGGAGAGAUUUACGAAUCAGAGUGCUUUACUCACUGCCGAUAGAGUUUUGAAACAACUUGGGAAACAACAUGCCCAAGAACUUAUGACGACGAAGAAACCAGUGAUGCCCAGCAAGCAUUUUAUCAAAACAUAUUUCAGUUCAUUCAGGAACGAUCCAGUAUUAUCAGUGGAAGCGAUAGACUCGAUGGAUAAAUAUGCAGGCCCGGGAUUGACUAAUGCGGUCGAAGCUUUCAAAGGAGAGAAAUACGACGACAUUAUUUCUAUAUGCACAGCAGAGAUUGAAAAGAGUGACAUUGAUGUUCCUGAUAAAAUGAAGCUUCUAUUACUGAGGGGAACGUUUUACCUUCUUCUUGGACAGCAUGAGAAAGCGAUGGAUGACCUCGAUGCAGUGAUAAGUGAUAAGAAUGAAUCAGCGAGUAGAGAAGUCCGAGUGAAUGCACUCAUCAAAAGAGCGACGAUGCAUAUGCAGUUGGAAAAUCCAUCACAAUGUUUCAAAGACUUCGAGAGGGCAUUGGCAACUGAUCCAGACUGUGGCGAUAUUUAUCAUCAUCGUGGACAGGUUAAUCUACUCCUGGAGAACGUCAAUGAGGCGCGUGAGGACUCCGAAAAAGCAUUGAAAUUGAAUCCCCAAUUUGGAAUUGCAUAUGCACAGAAAUGUUAUACGGAUUAUCGUCAUGCAGCUAUGAGUAGAAUGCCAAGUCUCGUUGAAUCCGCAAUGGAGAACUUUGAAAAGUCCUUUGAACUCUUUCCAGACUGUUGUGAAUGUUAUACUUUGUAUGCUCAGAUGUUAUGUGAUGCACAGUCUUAUGAAAGAGCUGAUGAAUACUUUGCAAAAGCUAUUGACAAAGACCCAAAAAAUGCAACUAUAUACGUACACAGGGGCCUAUUACAACUCCAAUGGUGUGGGAAUGUUGUUAAGGCGAUGGAAUACAUUAAUAAAGCCCUGGAGUUGGAUGAUAAAUGUGAAUUUGGGUAUGAAACGUUGGGUACGAUCGAAGUACAAAGAGGCAAUCUCAAAGAAGCCAUAAAAUUGUUCGACAAAGCUCUAUCAUUAGCCCGAACAGGUCUCGAAUUAACUCACAUAUUCAGUCUCCAGGAUGCUGCAAAGGCUCAGUUGAAAAUUGGGGAGAGAUUAGGCGCUGAUUUCAUGUUUGGUAUUUCAGGCAUGUCCUAAUCAACUCUGAGACACCAAAUUUGAAAGUAACAAAUUGCAAAAUUGUAAAAAUCAUUAGUUUUGCAUCGUUGUCCGGUUCACCGUAUGAUCAUUUUGUGGCGCUAAUCUUUACCAAAAGGGAAAUCAGCGGCUUUAUGAUGUAAAAAUAAAAUAGAACUCAAAUACUGAUAAGCUGAGUGAUCGAUGAGAUUUUUGGAGUUUACAUGGAAACUGAUUUCUUUAUCACACAGGUUUUUCACGAUUAGUAAAGUGCCUAUAUCGAUUGUUCCAACGAUUCAGUCCAAAACGCGUUAACGUACUCAUAUAUUUAGUCAACCAUUUUUUCUGUAAAUCAAUAAUUGCAUUUAAUUAAAAGAUAUAUUGUGUGAAACAAGGUAAUAAAUCAUGUGUGUGAGUUUGAAAUGGAAAAAAAAUGUGACAUGUGAAAAUUGCAAUGUUUAUAUAGGUAAUCGCUUAAACACCUUUAUGAAAUUUGACCCUGUACAAAUUGCAGAUGCUUUGUUUCCUUCUUUAUUAUUAUUAUUAUUAUUAUUUUAUAGUUUUUAAAAUCAUUUGUUAUCACUCACUUAAUUAUAUAAACAUCUGGAAAGAUUUA